AUGUCACUGACAGGAAGAGGGCCAGAUGGACCUGGACUUGGUAGAGGAAGAGGAUCUGAGGGCUCUGGUUUAGGGCCACAACAGGGUCAAGGGAAAGAUGGACCAGGACGAGGGCCACAAUCAGGACAGGGCUUAGAAGGGCCUAGCUUUCAUCGAACUCCGGGAAGAGGACCAGAUGGGACUAUGCUUGGUCCACAGUUAGGGAGAGACCCUAAUAGACCUGGACAACUUGGACAAGGGCUGCCAUCAAGACAAGGGCCUGGGCUAGGACAGCCACCAGGAUUAGGCCCAGAUAGUUCAGAACAGGGCCCAAUGCAAGGGCGAGGGCCAGGUAGACCAGGUUUUGGACAUCCAUCUUGGCAGAGCCGGGAUGGUGCAGAAUUUGGGCAUGGCCCUGGGUCUGUUAGCCAAGGAAUGAUGUCCAUGUCAGGCCCUGGCCUGCAGAAUCGGGAUAUGGGUAUGCAGCAUGAUGUUGCGAGAUUCAACAGCGGAGGAUAUAGCGGGCCAUCACCCAUGUCAGGAGGUGGCCCAAAUCUAGGUGGUGGGCCUGUGAAGGGACCAGAAAGAAGAGACUGGGGACAAAACAAACCCAUGGGAGCUGGAUGGUCCCAAGAUGGAGGUCAGGGACACCAGAUGGAAGGUUCUCGAAACUGGGAUAAACAGGAUAAAGAGGGAGUUUGGGAUAGAGGAGGGGAAGGAUACUGGCUUGAUAAACAAGUCAUGGGGGCCAUGCAGCAACAUCCCCCUGUACCUCCCGGCCCUCCUCAGAGUCAGUUAAAUUCUCCAUGGAUGGCGCCACCUCCAAGACCACCAGUGCAGCUGACAGGACAGCCAGGUUCAGGUUCUGUUUUGCAUCCAUUCUAUCCAGGCUCAAUGUAA